UGAUAUUGAAACACCAUAGAUUGGGGCGCACUUUUUUUAUUGAACAAGUAAUGACUAAUGUAUUGUGCUGUGAUUGUGAACAAAAGCGGAAUUCGAUAGUAGCAGCAUUUAUCGACUAUUUCCAACGUUUUUCUUGUUGACAUAGAAGGUUGUAUCAAGAAAAAUGUCCACAAUAUCAGGGAAUACGCUUUCAAUGAGUCGUGCCUUGAGAAGGCGGGCGUGCCGCAUGAAUGUUUGGCAACCUUCGUGUUCCGUGUGGAUGUCGGUGUUGAUGCGCGUUGGCGUGUUGCUUUCCAAGUCGACAAAAGGGCUAGGUGUAGUAGCUACUGGCGAGCCACCAAAGACCAGCGCUGCUGCGCCUCGACCCAUUCAAGGUGACGAAAAAAUGGAUGGGGACAGUGCUUCUACUAAGACAGACGAUCAUAGUGGUUCAUCAUCUUCUGGUAGCCCGCCGCCAGAAGUUAACCAUGAUAACUCGCCUUAUAUGGUUCGGCUCACGAGUGAGGACUUCGACAUUGCCGUGUCAUCGCAACUAGCGGAGGUGAGCACGUUUGUCAUGUUUUACGCACCCUGGUGUGGCCACUGUGGCGCCUUGAGGCCUGCAUGGGAUCGCGUAGCGGAGGUCUGGGACCCAGAUCGCUCAGUGCAGAUUGCCGAUGUGAAUUGCGAGGACGAGGGCGAACUUUGUGUCCGUUUCAAAGUCACGGGCUAUCCGUCAUUGUUGUACUUCACAAAGGAGACAGGUAUGAACAUGAUCAAGGCACAGCCAUGCUGCAUUUCGUUUUCAGUAGAAGUACUUCUGCAGUAUGUGUAUUUCCGAGCUCUGUGUGGGCUAAUACACGACGAGGGGCCGUGAGAUUAAAAAAUAUGACUUUAUCCUGAUUAAAAAUUUCGAAUUGGUGAUUGAAAAAUUGUGUACAUGUACCUGUACGCCUGCUGGUUCCCCUUUUGGAACUAAGUACUUGUUCGAUUGCAACUACAGGUAAUAUCAACCAUGCUUUUCAGGUCCAAAGGGUGCAGAGUACACGUUCCAGCGCGAUGAAUUCAUGUUGAAAAAAUGGGUCUCGACAAAGCUGGCGCUUCCUUGUUCAGUCACCACACCACGCGGAUGCUCGAAACUUAAGGCCCGUUUAUCACUAUCCCACGUAGACUAGGCUAAGUGGAGUCCCCCUUUUUUUAUUUGAAGGGGAAGCUAAGGGGGAACGAACUCGAACACGGAUAGCGAAAAACUACCUCCAAGAAACGCGAGAAGCUUUUCAUCAAGAAAGUUUUGCGGAAAAGUCGCUUACAACUCCAAGAGCUGUUAGGUGAGCUUGAAUCUGCGCUCGACGACUACAAUGACGCACGCCAAGCUGCAAGAGACGCUGUUUUGGGUGCGAGCAAUCAACCCCUAGAAAUAAAAUCACCAAGUGUAGUGGGAGAAAUCAAGAAUCUAGCUGAUGCUGCCUGGGCGGAAAAGCGAAAAACUAUUAUAACAAGGUAUUUGACAGAAGAAACCAGUAGUGCAACAAUGAAUAAAGACGCGUCAUCUAGUGCAGGAGCGACGCCAGAAGGUGAAGGAGCGAAGAAAAAGGUUGCCGAUGUAAGGCAGAAAGCCAGGAAAGCGAAAGGAGACAAUGCUAAGGAGGAUCUCUAGGUAGAGGAUUUCAAGGUUGCAUAAUCGCGUUAAAUCGAUUUUGGUGCCUCGCUGGCAGAAAGGAGAUCAGCGUCGCGCUAAAGUUAACAUGUCAGUGCCGUCGAAUGCUUAUCCGGGAGAGUCUGUGUGCGCGUACAUCGCCAAUCAGUAUGGAACAACCGGUACAAGGACACCAUCAGGAUCAUGUACGGCAUCGGACUAGAAGAACAAUGAGAAUGAUCUUGGUGGGUGCUAAUGAAAAGUGAUCUUGCGUGGUGUUUCUCGCUUGAAACCUGCUCCACAUGCAACAUGCUAUGACCACGUGCAACAUUGCGUUAUUUCCAAAAAGACUAUCCCGAUAUGAACAAAUUCUGAUGGUCUUCUGGGCAGUCUUCAUUAUCCACGGACAAGUAGGAGUCGACGCUUGUGAAUUUGAGAAUCUUCCUCUCAUUUGGACUCGUUUCAUGGUCGAUGCAGACACUGUUCCUCAUGGUUGCCAAGAACAAGGAUGAUGAGUGUGCCCACUCUGAUCAUGGACACCUGCACUGGAUUUUAUCUCUAUCGUGGUACUUUUACAUCGGG